CAACUCGUUUUGGCGUGUAAAUUAGUCAGCUGCGAAAGCAAAACGGAUGUGACGCGUAGGCGCAGCGGAGGAGAGAGCUUCCAAAUUUCAAAUCAAAAUCAAUCCUCUUUCGCAGCUGAAUCCGCCAGCGAUCAUCCGUAGAUUGCAAUUUCUCAGUAGCCUGCUGUUUUAGUUUAGCUACGAAAAAAAUCUACUACUACUAUAUUCCACCAAUGAGAAAUGGAACAACUUAUAGCGAUGGUGCUUCAAGUUCAACUUCAACUUCUUUAAGCAGUCAGCAAGAUGUGGAGGAUGAUAGGAUGAUUGCUGUCGUUCUUUCUGAAGAAUAUGCAAAAUUAGAUGGUGCAGUUGGUCGACGGCUGACCAAUCUUGCCCCUGUUCCUCAUGUUCCAAGAAUAAUUUUGCACUUUCCUUCAACAAGUGAUUCAAAUUUGGAUUACCAACGGCUCCUUCAGAGGAUAAAUGUCUAUGGUUUAUACGAAGUAAGGGUUUCUGGAGACGGGAAUUGUCAGUUCCGUGCACUUUCAGAUCAGAUUUAUAGAUCUCCUGAGCACCACAAGCACGUGCGCAAAGAGGUUGUGAAACAGCUUAAAGAUAACAAUGCUCUCUAUGAAGCUUAUGUACCUAUGAACUUCAAACGCUAUUACAAGAAAAUGGCUAAGUCUGGUGAAUGGGGAGACCAUGUUACACUACAAGCAGCAGCUGAUAAAUUUGCAGCAAAGAUCUGUUUAUUAACAUCAUUCAGAGAUACUUGCUUCAUCGAAAUUGUUCCACAGCAUCAGGCCCCUGCACGAGAGCUUUGGCUGAGCUUUUGGUCCGAGGUGCAUUACAAUUCACUCUAUGAACUACGAGAUGCUCCGGCGCAGCUCAAGCCGAAGAAGAAACACUGGUUGUUCUAACUGUAAGUGGUGUGUGCGCAUUGCAGACUUGCAGAGGAAUUCCCAAAUCGCUGAAAAUUUGUGGAUUUCUUUACCGUUUUAUUUCCUCCUCCUCUACCAAUACUAUGAGCCCAUUGUAUUAUUUUAUAAAAAUUUAUAUAUAAUACUCACUAUACCCCUUUAUUUAAA